CAGGAGCAGCAGAGUGAGUGUGCAGAGGGCAGCUAAGGGGGCGCAGGCUGAUCACCCCAACAUCCAGCUGUGACAUCACCCUCCAGGCGCCCCCCAUUCCCUGGAGGAGCCCCCGGGACCCCCCCAAUCACCAGCCUGUGACACACAGGAACUGUAAACCCAGCAGAGCUUCCUCUGUGCACAGCCCCCUCCCCAAACUGCACCCAGCCCCCCUCCUCCUCCUCCUGACACUCUGCUGCCCUCCCUGGAAAAGUUUGGGUCACCUUGGACCACAGCAGCGCUGCUUCUGAUUGGAGGGUUCCUCUCCGGUAUGGUGUGGAGCGAAGCUCUGAGCCUGCGUCUGGUUCGCAGUUGUAGGUGCCAGUAUGAGCAGACUCACCAGCUAGAUGUGCCAGGGAAGGAGCGUCCUAGGUGCCAAAGAAGGGGCAUCGUACUGCCACAGGCAGCGCACAAACGUACAGGGAUGCAGAUCACUCUGGAGUCCGUUGGGUUUGUGUAAGCCGCUCCAGAGAGGCUGUCCACUAGCCCCAUCCAUAAGUUUCAAGCUGCCCUGGAGCUUGUCCAUUUCUUCUGCUAGUCCCAGUAUUUGGAGGCUCACCUGUGUUGGAUCCAUGAGGCACAUCCAGAUGGACACACCACCCAAGGAGGAGGCAGGAGGACAGAACGGGCAGCCUGCCCCUGUGGACGCGUCGUUUGCAGGCCAGGCUGGAGUUCUGAAUGCUGCUCAGGACUGUAGGGUUCUUGUUGAAUACCCAGAAACGGAGCACAAACUCCAGAAAGUCUAUCAUGUAUCUAUAACAUCUGACAUGCCGGGGCCUAAAGCCAUUUGCCGUCAAGCUUUGAAGAGAGGUCCUCCGGACCAGCUUCCGGAGCCUGCAAGGAGCCCAAGGAGAACCAUGUGGGGGCAGUCCAGAAGUGACUGUCCACCUGGACACGGUCAGUCGGAUGGGGACUAUCCAAGCAGCUCACUUGUUGACGAUGAAGAGGGUGAGGACAUAUUUGAGGAUGGCUUGCUUUCAGAAGAGAUGCCAAUGUGCAGUUCCGCUCAGCAUUUCUCCCAUAGUGGACUGCGAGUCAUUGAACACAAAGCAGAGCUUUUUCCUUCCAAGGAUUCUCCUAAUAGGAAAGUGGCCUCUCCACUCUUCCAUAAGGUCGAUUGUAGAAGGACUGAAUCCCUCUCUUCUCCGCCCUGCACCACUUUGCACAGAAGCAGUCUGAAAGAGAGACAGCUGGGGAACUCUGACGGACUGUCAACUGCCUUUGAAUCCAACGGGAGUAGUCCCUCGACUGACCCAAGGACUGCAGAGGCAUCUACCAGCAACCAGCACAUACUUGACCUUGAUUUGCACAACAUUGCACAUACAGAGAAAAUGGUGGAUAAGUUAGAGGAGGACAGCCCUGGUGGCAGUCGUAGCUGUGCCAAUGGUAACUUAGUUGCUGGAGAAGCAUCUAAGGAGUCUUCUACAGUGAGUGUAGAAGAUGGAAAGAUGCCCUCUGACGGUGAAGACCUGAGCUGCUUAGAGAGGACUCCUCCUGGGGCCUUCCGCCUGGGCAGCCAUGGAGGCAGCAGCAUUGCAGUGAAGAGAAAACUACUUCCGUCCACCGAGACUGGCGACUCCUGUUCUGAUGAUGAAGGACCUGGGAAGAGAUGGAAGGGAGCUGAGACCUGCCAGGCCCUUCAUGGAUCUUGCCGAAGCACCGACUCCAAGGGAGCUCCUUUCUGGAACCAUCUUUUGCCAUCAUCGCGCAAUGCUCAGAAGAGCCCGUCAGACUGCACCAGCCGAAGGUUGAAGAGAGGACUCCGCCUGAAAUCGAGAACUCUGCGUAGCUUGAGGAAAGGGCCGGGCCGAGGCAGUACGGGCAACUGGGCAACGUCGUGCGUCAGCCGAUCCCUACUCGGUAACUUCGAGGAGUCCAUUCUGAGAGGCCGGUUUCCCCCGUCUGGUCAGAUUGAAGGGUUUACGGCGGAGAUCGGUGCCAGCGGCUCAUACUGCCCCCAGCACGUCACCUUGCCGGUUGAGGUUACCUAUUUCCACAUAUCCGAGCACAGCGCCCCCUCGCCUUUCCUGGGAGUGAUUGACCUGGACGGUGUCGGCAGGAAGGGGUACAACGUCCCCAGCACAGGAACUAUACAAGUGACCUUAUUUAACCCGAACAAGACGGUGGUGAAGAUGUUUCUCGUCACGUACGAUUUCAAGGACAUGCCAGCGAACCACGUCACCUUCCUGCGCCAUCGCAUCUUCUUAGUGCCUGUGCAGGAGAACGAGGAACAGGAGGGCGCCAGGGGCGGAGCUGCUACGGAGAAAGCCAAGAGGAUCCUCUGCUACCUCAUGCACCUGAGGUUUCAGCGGUCGAAAUCCGGGAAGAUUUACCUCAACGAAGACAUUCGCUUACUCUUCUCCCGCAAAUCCAUCGAGGUGGACACUGGCAUCCCCUACGAACUCAAAUCCUUCACGGAAGCCCCCAAAAAUCCCAAAUACUCCCCGCGGAUUUGAGGAACGGAGCAGUAGG